AUGAAAUCCGAGGCCUCUAAGAUCCCAAACGCUCCGCCGGACAAUUUUACGCCGGCUGAGCGAACCGAGCGCGAAUUCGGACGCCUCACCUCCAAGGAGCACCUCUACGUGUCGCAACACAUCUCGAGCGAACCGCUCCCUGAGCCAAUAAUGGACGAGCCGCCCUACUUCAUUCUCAUCUGCACAUACCUCAACUACCUCAUCCUUAUCAUUAUCGGGCAUAUUCGCGAUUUUUUUGGCCAGAUCUUCUAUCCGGCUGACUUUAAGGCUCUCACUGGCCAGAACGGCCUUGCGCCGUGGUACUCCGGGUUUGAGUCUUUUUAUGUGCGCCGCUUGAAGAUGCGCUUGGACGACUGUUUUGCCAGACCGAUCUGUGGCGCGCCUGGCCGCUUCAUCAAGUGUUUUGAGCGCAUCACCGAUAAGGUGAACGUCAACGGCUCGUACCACUACACCGGCGACGUGGUGGAGUGUUUGAACUUGUCGUCGUACAACUAUCUUGGAUUUGCUCAGAGCAGUGGGACGUGUACGGACGCGGCUUUGGCGUCGGUUGAGCAGUACGGAACGUCUGCCUGUGGCCCUCGGGAGCAGAUCGGGACGACAUCGCUUCACGUGGAAUGUGAACGCGUCAUUGCGGAGUUUGUCGGGAAGCCGAGCGCGUUGGUGUUCUCCAUGGGCUUUGGCACUAACGCCAACCUUUUUACCUCCUUGGUUAACUCGAAAUGUUUGGUCAUCUCCGACGAGUUGAACCACGCGUCGAUCAGAUUCGGGGUCAGAAUGUCCGGCGCCUCCGUCAAGGUCUUUCCCCACAAUGACAUGGAAGCGUUGGAGGCCUUGUUGAGAGCGCAGAUCUCCGCUGGCCAACCAAAGUCGCACCGUCCGUGGAAGAAGAUCAUCGUUGCAGUCGAGGGUUUGUACUCCAUGGAGGGCAACCUCUGUAACUUGCCAAAGUUGGUUGAGUUGAGAGAAAAGUACCGGUUCUUCCUCUUUGUGGAUGAAGCUCACUCCAUCGGUGCCCUAGGGCCCAAUGGGAAGGGGAUUUGCGAUUAUUUUGGUGUCUCUCCAAACAAGAUUGACUUGCUCAUGGGGACGGUGACCAAGUCGUUCGGGGCUACCGGCGGGUACGUCGCUGCUGACACUGCUGUCAUUGACAGGUUGAGACUCGAUAUUGCCACCAACGUGUAUGGUGAGUCUAUCGCUCCGCCAGUUUUGGCUCAGAUCAUCUCGUCGCUUAACAUCAUUGAUGGGAAGGUCAACCCAGGUGAGGGGACCGAGAGAUUGCAGAGAAUCGCCUUCAACUCUAGAUAUCUCAGAUUGGCCUUGAAGCGUUUGGGCUUCAUCGUGUAUGGGGCUGACGAUUCGCCUGUCAUUCCCGUGUUGUUGUUCCUUCCAGCCAAAAUGCCCGCGUUUUCCCGUAUGAUGUAUGAGCACAAAAUUGCCGUCGUCGUGGUGGGCUACCCCGCCACCCCGUUAACCUCUGGGAGAGUCAGACUCUGUGUGUCCGCUGCAUUGACCAAGGAGGACUUGGAUCGUGUCAUCGAGGCAAUGAGUGAGGUGGGUGAUAAGUUGUUCUUGAAGUUCUCCUCCGGGAUUGCUGGCGGUGCUAAGAAGAAGGGUGAGGCCCCGAGAUGGGCCCUUGACGACGUCUUGGCCAACACUGCCAGAGACUGCACCAUUUCCAUGGCCUAGACACUGCACCAUUUCAAUGGCCUAGACAUUGCACCAUCUCCAUGGCCUGGAGAUUGCAUUUCAUGCCGUUGAAAUCUCAUCUGUCUAACUAUCCAUUGUCCUGGAAAUCGGCGGGAUUCCGCGGUAUACCGAGGUGUCUUGCCCUGUACAUUUAUCGAGACUUUCUCGCCUUACCACUCCUAACUAAUAUUUUUUUCUAAUUCUUGCCAAGAGCGUUUAUGUCCAUAGAUUUGUAGAAAGGCCCAAGGGUUU